CCCAGCAACGAAUCAACGGGCUGAUGCAGGAAGAAGAUUGGCCAUAGGAUAGGGGCAAGCUUUGACCGCUUCCAAAAAAGUAUUAAAUGUCUUAAGGAAUUCACUCUGCCCCUGAGAAGGACAUAUUUCUGAGGCUGGGGGUAGGAUCCCGUGCAGUUCAGCUCAGCUCCUGAAUCAGCUUCGUCUCUCUCUCUCUCCCUCCAGGCUUCCUGCACACCCUCUCCCUCUUUUUUCCAAAAUUAUUUACAAGUACAUUUUAGUGCCUUUCUAAACAAAGCUCACCACCACCAGCAGCAGCCAUGGACGCCAUUAAGAAAAAGAUGCAGAUGCUAAAGCUGGACAAGGAAAAUGCCUUGGACCGAGCUGAACAAGCCGAAGCGGACAAGAAGGCAGCGGAGGACAGGAGCAAGCAGUUUGAGGAUGAUGCUUUACAACUAGAGAAGAAGUUGCGAACCGUGGAGGAUGAGAGGGAUAAGUUUGUAGAAGAUUUCAACAAGGCGGAAGAACGGCAGCUGCUGGCGGAAGAGAAUGCCACUAAGCUGGAGGAUGAGCUGGUGGCCUUACAGAAGAAACUGAAGGGGACUGAGGAUGAACUUGACAAAUAUUCCGAAGCUCUGAAAGAUGCACAGGAGAAGUUGGAACUGGCUGAAAAGAAAGCCACAGAUGCUGAAGCAGACGUCGCCUCUCUGAACAGACGCAUCCAGCUGGUUGAGGAGGAGUUGGACAGGGCCCAGGAACGCCUGGCCACCGCUCUGCAGAAGCUGGAGGAAGCUGAGAAGGCUGCAGAUGAGAGUGAAAGAGGCAUGAAGGUCAUUGAGAACAGAGCCCAGAAGGACGAGGAGAAGAUGGAACUGCAGGAGAUCCAGCUUAAGGAGGCCAAGCACAUUGCAGAGGAGGCUGACCGCAAGUAUGAAGAGGUUGCACGUAAACUGGUGAUCAUUGAGAGUGACCUGGAGAGGACUGAGGAGCGGGCAGAACUCUCUGAAUCUAAAUCUGCUGAGCUUGAAGAGGAGUUGAAAACUGUGACCAACAACCUGAAGUCACUGGAGGCUCAGGCUGAGAAGUAUUCGCAAAAGGAAGACAAGUAUGAGGAGGAAAUCAAAGUCCUGAGUGACAAACUGAAGGAGGCUGAGACUCGCGCUGAGUUUGCAGAAAGGUCUGUCGCCAAGUUGGAAAAAUCCAUUGAUGACUUGGAAGAGAAACUGGCACAAGCCAAAGAAGAAAACCUCAGCAUGCACCAGAUGCUCGAUCAAACUCUACUGGAGCUUAAUAACUUGUGAACUGCAUUGAUUUGUUGCAGGCUGCUUGCCCCCUUGGUUAUCAGAAGCCCUUCUUGAAAAUAAGUGCUCCCACCCACACCUUGCUUUUAUGCAGAUGUUUGGCUGAGGGGGCAGGCAGUCAGAAUUUAGACCGUGAUAAAGCGAUGGCCUGUCUCAUAAUGAUGCUAAGAAACAAUUUAAAUAUUUUCCGAUAAAUCUGUUGUACCCCUUGAUUGCCACUUUUUAAAAAAAUUUUAAAACAAAACUUCCAACUGUUUACAAAAGUACUGUCAAUUACAGGCUGUCUAUAUUCCAAAAACAUCCUUGUUUAAACGGUCCAUUCUCCCAAUGAGUUUUUUUUUGAUACUUACCAGAAAUUAUUUUUUAAAACUUGCCAAAUAAUGUUUGCUCUUACAUUUCAUUUUUCUGUUUUGAGUGUUCUUUUUAAUGGAAGAAUGCACUGGUUACAAGAGAAACUUGGGAGCGGCCCAUAAGAUCCACUUUUUUUUUUGUAAAGCACUGGGUUUUAAAUAUUUACAAAUUAUAUUUUGCAGGGAAGGGAUAACUUAGAGGAAUGUUUUAUUAGAAGGUUUGCAGCCUAUAAUAUUAUUUGCUUUAGUAACAAGUGUGUGCAUUUAUCUUGUCCCUCUAGUCUGAAUUAGUUACUCUGAAGUCUGACCUGCAUGUCGUCUUCCAUCUCAGUGCAACGUUCUCCAGUAUGAUGGGUGGGAUGGAGUUGCAAUUUAAAAUGUAAUAAAAGAGGCACAAGUAGUGACCCACCAACAAAAUGUGAAUAUUGGCAAUGUCACUUGUCAAAAAUUGGCAAAUACUUUUCAUUGAGAUGUAGGUGGUAGUGUCACAAAAGCAUUGUGGGGAAAUUCUAGAAUAUAAUUGUUAAAGCCUCGUUCUGCUUCCAAGUCAAGAUGUAGUGGGCCAACCCUGAAUCACGUAUUAACAUAGCAAUUAUUAAUAGGGUCUCCAUGACAACCGGGUUGGUUUAUGCUUGACCAGUUGUUAAAACCAUAAAUGUGAGUACACGAGUGUGGCUGAAAACUUAAUUGCCUUUUUCUUUCCUUUUUGUGUACUGCUGCAUAUUGUACAAAAUGUAUGAAUGACUUAAAAUCUGAGGACUAUUUUUGUUGCAAAAGGCAAAUAAUGAGUAGAACAUACUGGUGAUGCUUCCCUCUGCACGCUUAAUUGUGAAUUGUCUUAACAAUAUGCUUGUCUGUAAACUUUACAAUGGUAAUAAACACACACUCAUGAGAUUUUGUAAA